GGUUCAUUCGUCUCUUAAAAGUCAUUUGGAAGUGUGAUCAAAUGUGUUUUGUAAUCCAAAACAUUAAAUUUUUACGUCUAGGAACAGCAGAAACUCGCCCAUUUCGCAAAAUGCUGAAGAUUUCGGCUAGUAAUAGACUUCUAUUGGAAAUUACUAAAAAGACACACACACCUAAAGUUAUCGGGCGGCAUUGUGCAACAUCGACCGGCACAGAGACAAUAUCAUGUCUGAGAUACGAGAAAGACCCGGGUGCGAUAUUCAUGCAGCAGGAUGUUCAAACUCUUUUGAAAUCGAUCACUCGCCUGGACCUAGACAAGGUGUUUAAGCAGAGGGCCGUAAAGAACAACACAGUCGAAUACAAAUUUAUGACCGAUGCACAGCUGCGACAGGAAAUAAUGGAGUCCAUCAAAAGGGCAGAACAUCUGCUCCAGAUGCCUCCGGUCGUGGACCUAAUGCAGGAUAAUCCCCGUGUCAUCUCCAAAGAUGGUGCUCUAAAGGCAUUUUCCGACUGCAAAAUGGUGUUCACGGAUAUCACGUACGGAUUGAAGAAUAGCAAAAGAACGAUAGUUGAACGGCUUCCGGAUGGCACCCUGAAAGACGUAUCGCACGAAGCUAGAAAACGCCUGAAUCAAAUCUAUUUUCCGCUGAAAGGAAGACGCAUUAAUCUGCCAAAAAUGUUUGAAACUAUUAAUUUGAAAAAGAUUUUGGACGAAGGGAAGUAUGAAUUUGUAUUGAACAGAGCCUGUAUACAGUUUGAACCAUAUGAGAAAGAGUAUCACGAUAUCACGAGCACAGUUUACGAGCACGUGAAUGAGCACAAGGCGUUUGAUACGCUACGUUCCAGCAGGCACUUCGGUCCGAUGAGCUUCUUUUUGGCGUGGCACCGCUUAGUUGACGAUCUACUGCUGGAUAUGGUGAAACGGGACUAUUUGCGAAAUGGAGUCGAGCUUAUUUUGCUGUAUUGUUCUCUACACGAUGUGAGUGUGGGACCAGACUUCCACGAAAUGAAACAGCACAUUCUCAGCACCAAACCGUCUAUACUGGAAAACGAUGACAAAUCUAUAGAAGAUUUGGAAACGGACGAAAAAUAUUUAUCGUUUGUCGAAAAGUUUAUCACGGAGCACAGUAUCAAAAAAGUUCAACUCAAUUUAGCUAUCGCUGCUUAUCGGGAGAUGGCCAAAGAGAGGCAGCUUCUGCAAGAGGGAAUACGAAAAAUGCACGGAGGAAGAUAGUCUAGGUGUCGAAUGAAAACGCAAUAAAUGGAUAACAGUUUGAA